AUGGAGAAACCUUGCUCCUUCUCCUUCAUCUUCUUCACCACGUUUCUCUGCAUCAUCAUAUCAGUUGCCGAGAGUUGCACCUUCACGCAAGGGUAUUCCGUCAUCGUCAUCAAUGACAAUAUCAAUGAAAAAGUGCAGGUUCACUGUAAAUCGAAAGACAACGAUAUCGGUUUGAAAUCAAUCGGACUUAAAGAAUCCGUCGCCUGGAGUUUCUGUGACAACAUAAAUUUUCCAAGCACUCUUUUCUACUGCAAUUUUCAGUUGGGUAAAAAACAUCAAGUUUUCGAUGUGUACAAUCGCGACGUCGGACGUAGUUGUAAAAAGGGACCGAAAGGUGACCGUAGGCUAUGCAGGUGGUACAUUAGGCACGACGGGUUUUACAUGAUCGGGAUGGAGGGGAGCCAGGAUGUUAAAAAGUAUGAUUGGAAGGUGGGUCAAGCACGUUCGAAUUCCACUUAUAAGGGUUCGAAACGCCGCGAGCCGUAA